AUAUAUAUAUUUAAAUAAAUAUAUAUAUAUAUAUGCAUAUUUCUUUCCUUCUAAGUUCAUCAUCGCAUUUCCAGCUUUACGCAUUAACAUAUUUUUCUUUCGUCCGUUUAGACCUCCAUAGCCACGUGGUGUCCCAUAUGCGAUAAACGUGUAAGCGAUAAAGGAAAAGACACCGAUCGACUUUUAGGGCACGUUCGAAGAAAUCAUCGAAAAAUCUCUGCUCUGGGAUUGGAUAAUCACUGGACACAUGGAAGUCGCACGACGAGAAAAAGAUCUGUCCUCAAUGCAGAAAGGAACUUGUACCAGCAUUGCACACACGCAGACACAACUUGACAACGUCUCAUAUGGCAGCGACUUGUCUCCUGGGAAAGCGCACUUUUAUAUACCUCAGAAAGUAGAACGCGAUCGGUCUGAAAACGAAGCCAAGCAGCGCUCGUGGAUCUCCGGAACGAAGUUAUCCAGAAAGAUUUGGCCUUUUGGAAAUAGUAAACGAAAAAGGAGUGUUUUUUCGACCAGAGUGGAAACUUGGAAGUAUCACGACAAGAGCUUAUUAUGUCCGGUGUGUAACGAGGAUGCUCUACCUAUAGUUUUCACAAAGAGACACAUGUUUUCGAGCUCGAGACUUGGUGCUACUUGCUUGUUAGGAUGUUGGCCAUUGUGUUUCGUACCUCUGAUGUUGAGUCGAGAGAGACAAGUGAGGCUGGUAUGUCCGUUCUGCGGACAUAAUUACGGAAAUUACGCACAGGCGGAAAAUAAAAGCGAUGACCCGUGGCAUCCUCGUCGUGGACAGCGACGAUUAGUCGAAAUUACGAGCUCGAAGUUGGACCCUCCCAGUGAACGCGAACAUGAACUUAACCCAAACUCGGAAUUAGCUGUACUAGCUUAUCAAGGAUUAUGGGAGGUGCGGGAUGCUUCUGAACAAACAGAGAACGUCAACGAGAGAGAAGGUAAAGAAGAAGAAGAAGAAAGAGGAGGAGGAGGAGGAGGAGGAGGAGUCGAAAGAGGAGGUGCAAGUGUUUCAGAAGUUUUACAGUAUCCUAACGGAGAGACAAUGUUCCAACCUUCGGAAGGUUGCACCCUUUGUUCGAGGCAGGUCACGGGAGAUCGUUUCUACGAGACACAUCUCGACGAGUUUGACCUGGAUUACGAUUCCGAUUGGUCCAUGCGUAAUCGUUAUCGCGUUAAACGAAAUACACGUCCGUACGAUACGUUCUUUGACGAUUAAAUAAAACCAAUAGCUUUAAAAGUUCGUUACAGAUUUAUUUUAAGUGACAAAAAAAGAUGAUAAUCUUGUAUGAAGUAAUCGUUCAAGGUUAUCAAGGGAUUCUUUGAUAU